UUAAUUUUAGCUAAAACACCAAAGUCAUGCAAGUCCACUAUAAAGAUACUUAAAACGCCGCCUUAAAAGAACAUAAACUCUAGACAAAACUAAAACUUCCUGCCCUCUUUCUUCUAUCAAAUCUAAAAUCAAACCAAAAAAACCACCUAAAUGUCCGACGAAGUGCCUUCGGGAAGACUGUCACAGAUCUUUGAUCCGUUAACCAAUCUACAACAACAACCCUCCACUACACACUACCAGCAACAAUUGGCUAUAAAUCGUAGACGUUCUGCCUCUUCUUCACCCUCACCCUCUACGUCGGGUCGAGCGACACCAGCUUCUUUGGGUGGUGGCAGUAAUGGCAGUGGAGCUAGCAGUAGUACUAGUUCACAUUUUCAACAUUAUCAGCAGCACCAGCAGCAAAACUAUCAGUAUUUAACACAAACACAUAAUUAUUUUCAUGUGCGUGCACAUGAUGUGGGGGAGAGAGAGGUAGGAGUUGGUGCUGGUGGAGGUGGUUUUGGUGUGGGUCAUGGUGUUCACAAUUAUUUGCAUACUUUUCCCUCUACCCAUACUCCUAGCCAUCUGCAGCAGCAACAUUUAAUGCAACAGCAAUAUCAUCACUAUCAGCAGCAUAAUGCGGCUCCUAUGAUGCCUUCAUCCUAUUUGCAACAUACACAACAGCAGCAGCAUUCAUUACCUCCUCAGUUAUAUGCCACCUCUCAGUCCUUAACCGCUUCUCCUUUAUUAACUAAAAGAGCUAUAUCGUUUAGUGGUCAAAUCCCUUUAAAUAGACAACAAAUGGAUAAUCUUAAUGUGUCGGCUGCGGGUCAUAAACAACAUCAGCAUAUACAGCAAACGGCACAAUCUACCCCUAAUAGUCCACGUUUAAUGCCUCGAAGGCAAGCUAAGCCUCCUCCCAUACCCGCUAAACCGACAAGUAUACCGAGUACUUCAUCUACGACUAGUUCCAGUAGUAAUAAGUCUAAUCAAAAAGAGGGUAAUGGAGUUAUAAAUCCAGUUUCCUCAUUGGAUGGGGCAGAUGCUCCUUGGCCACAUUUUUCCUCUUUAACGGAUUAUUUGGAUGUACAUCAGGUUAAUAAUUAUGCUCAGCCAGUGCCAGAGAUCAAUUGGCAAGAACGUUGUUUGGAAUUACAAUUGGAGCUGCAUCGUUCCAAGAAUCAAGCGGGACGUAUACGUGAUAUGUUAAGAGAAAAGGUAAGUGCUAAAAGUUAAUUUAUGAUAUUUUUAAA